UUACCGGACAACUGCGCAUGACCUUCCACUUCCUUGUUCUCUCUUUUAGAACUGUAAAACGUAACGAUUAGCAAGAUAACAAACAAUUUCAAGUUCCUUUGAGAAAAACGCUUGCUAAUAUUCGACAUGGCCCUACUGAAAGUAUGGACGUCGAAGAGUGUUUUAAACAGAUGUCUACAAGAGGUGGUUGCUCAGAGGCAUUUCCUUCCUGUAUCAAGUUUACACACAACAACCACUCAGCACAACUCUAACAAGACAUCAAUUGUACGAAGCAGUCGACAGAAGUAUGAAAGGUUGUAUCCACUGUUGCUCGUACAACCCGAUGGUUCCACAAUUAACAUUAGGUACAAAGAGCCCAAGAGGAUACUCAUGUUGCCUGUGGACAUCAGUACACUCUCAGAAGAAGAAAGGAAGAUCAAGAUGCGGAAGCGGGAUCCCAGGAAGGGAGCUGUUAAGCAGAGGACAGUGGAAUUCGAAGACGAUUUCAAAGCGGAUGAUUACAGCAAGUUUUGGAAGAAGUGAUAGAGCCUGUUGUAGCUAUUUAACUUUGAAUGUUCUGCCGAUCAGUGUUUUCCGUUAGCCGGCAAUUGCCAGCUUUUGGGAAACAAAUGAAUAAAUGAAAAGCUGAUAAAUAAAACUUUUGCAGUCCAAAA